GUGCGAUUUGCCCGAGACCAUGCAAGCCACGGGUCGCGAUCAAGAUUUGCAAGAGCGCGUGUCGUACAUCCAGUCGGCCACCAAGGACGGCGACAACAAGGGCUAUGAAGAUGCCAAGACGCCCGGGGAGCUCGAAGACGGCGCCCUCGUCGCGGGUGGGGCCCUCGACCUCUUUUCCCGCGAAGCCAUCGGUCUCUUCACCCAAUAUGCGGCGAUCGGGAUCAUCUACGGCAUGAUCCCGGCGCUCAACUACCCCAUCUUCAACGUGUACCUGCAACUCGAGGGGUACCAGACCGCGUCGUACUCGACGUUGGUGACGCUCGGUUGGUCGUUCAAAGUGUUUAUGGGGAUGUUCUCGGACUGCUUUCCGAUCUUUGGCGACCAUGAUCUGUUUGUCCAUCAUGACGUUUUCGUCACUAUUGUCCAUGGCACGUUGCCGGCGUUGCCUUGGCAGACUGCACACCGUUUCAAGCAAACUGCGACAUUUGCCACGAACCAGAUCUGGAACCCGGGCCAUCCCCUUUAA